GUUACAGAAUAUUUUUGAGGUUAUGAAGACUUUUUAGAACAUUGAUCAUGUAAAAGUUAUAUAUCUCUUCAAAAAUAAUUUGCUAUUGCCCAUAUUUAUUUGUAAUCUCUAUCAUUUUUAUUAUAAAAUAUUUGUGAAAUUCUUUUAAAAGAGAAAUUUCUAUUAAAUAUGUUGCACUUAGGAAAAAGAAACAAUCCAUUUCCUUGUUUCAUAUCACCGACUAUAGCAAAUCAAUUGAAAUAUCAUCAAAUUCAAGGUUUGAGAUUUUUGUACAAGAACUUUAUAAAUGUGUGUAAGAAAAAUGAUCAAGGAAUAAUUUUAAAUGACGCCGAAGGGCUAGGGAAACGAGUCACAAUUGCAGCUUUAUUACAUGCUUUCAUAACAAACAGUUCUAAAAUAAUCUCUUCAGUGUUAAUUUUGUGCAUGAGCAAAUCUCAAAGCGAAAAAUGGAUGUACAUAUUGCACACAUUUGCGGGACUUGAAACUAUCUCUGUAUCUGAUUUUGAAAAAUUGAAAAAAGGAAUUGUAAUAGAGUGUAUAAAAUCUAGUCAUUUUGAAUUAAAUUGUAAUUCUUCUUUCAAAGACUUCAAUUGUGUUAUAUUGGAAGUGACCGAUUCUAUUAAUUGGAAUAUGUUAAAAAAAAUAAUGUGUCCCGUAAGAACUCGAAAAAAAAUAAUAGUUACUGAUACGAAGUUACGUGAUGACUUACUAAAACUUUGGUCUUGCAUUAGCUGCAUAGAUCCUGAACUGGCGGGAGAUCAGUCAUAUUUUCUUCAGAAAUUUGAACACAAAGAUUUCAAAUAUGAAAUGAUUUUAUCUGCCAGAUUACGAAAUAUUUUAUUAAGAAGAGAACUAAACGAUAUAGAUUAUAAAGAUUUUCCAAUAGUCGACGAAAAGGUAACUGAAAUGGAGUAUAAAGCAUGGAAAAAAAAUAAACAUUCAAAUUAG